AUGAUUGAGACAAUUCGCGACACAGGCUUUGGGAAGCUGGUCCGAUUUUUCAGCGGCAGACGUCUCUUACGCUUCCCAGAAGAACAAAAUCCCUCAAUAUGGAACGCAUACGUCAAAGCACCGGAGAUGAAACCCGAGGAAACAGGGUUAUCUGAACCUGAUAGCUAUGAAGAAGACCUUGAAGCCUACGGACUAUAUUCAGUCAUGUCGCAAGCCUCUCGUGUAGGGCGAAGAACUUCCACCACGGCCUCCGCAUUGUCAGCUCAGAAUCGAAGUAGCCCUAUCGUAAUCUCUUGGGGACCAAAUGACACCGAGGUAUUCCUUCCCUAA